UGUCUCGACACAACCAUUGCUUCACAGAGAUCGAUCCACACGUCCCAGUAUAUCACAAUGGAUGUGGCCUCUAGGCAGUCUACGAGACUGCUGCGGUCCUCCUCCAACGCAGUUACGUCCCGCUUACUCCAGAACCCUCGUCUUCCUACCUCCGCACUUACAUCUACGCACACCUUGAAUAACAUUCGACGAAAUGUCUCUUCGUCACCUCGGAGACUUGCGCCUGAAUCAUUGCUGAACUUCGGAACCGGACCGCAACCAGGGGCACCUGCUACGUAUUUUGCCAAUCGCUCGACCCUCCCCAUUAACACGGUUAUUCGAUUCGUUCCUCAACAGACAGCAUGGAUCGUGGAGCGAAUGGGAAAGUUCCACCGGAUUUUAGAACCGGGCCUUGCGGUUCUGGCCCCGUUUAUUGAUCGGAUCGCUUACGUCAAGAGCUUGAAGGAGUCGGCCAUCGAGAUUCCGAGUCAAAAUGCUAUUACUGCGGAUAACGUCACACUGGAGCUGGAUGGUGUGCUGUACACGAGGGUUUUCGACGCGUAUAAGGCGAGCUACGGUGUGGAGGAUGCGGAGUAUGCUAUCUCUCAACUUGCACAGACGACGAUGCGUUCGGAGAUUGGCCAGCUUACCCUCGACCAUGUGCUGAAGGAGCGCGCGACAUUAAAUACCAAUAUCACGCAGGCCAUCAACGAGGCAGCACAAGACUGGGGUGUUAUUUGUCUACGAUACGAGAUCAGGGAUAUCCAUGCGCCGGAGGGCGUUGUCGAGGCUAUGCAUCGCCAGGUCACAGCUGAGCGGUCGAAGCGUGCUGAGAUUCUCGACUCCGAGGGUCAACGGCAGAGUGCGAUCAACAUCGCUGAGGGUCAGAAACAGUCCGUGAUCCUGGCUUCGGAGGCUAUGCGGCAAGAACAGAUUAACCUUGCUGCUGGUGAGGCUGAAGCAAUCUUGUUGAAGGCACAGGCUACCGCGAGAGGCAUUGACGCUGUUGCUCGGUCCAUUGAGGCUGGAAAGGAGAAUGCUCACGGGGCUGUCAGUCUGAAUGUCGCCGAGAAAUAUGUCGAUGCUUUCUCCAAACUGGCCAAGGAGGGUACUUCUGUUGUCAUUCCCGGAAAUGUUGGUGAUCUGGGUGGAAUGGUUGCGAAUGCCAUGGCUAUCUAUAAAAACAUCAAUGAGAGCCAGGCAAAAAAUGUGGCGGCGAAGACUCUGGGGGUAAAUCCUGUUCAGGACCAUGCUUCCCACCCGUCUGAGGUCAGCCCGAAAGUUGAGGAGACUCUCGGUGACGAUGCCGCAGAUAAAGUGCUAGACGAGUUUGAAGAGACUGGAAAGCAGCAGAGAUAAUCUAUGGCGAUGGACUGAUAAACUGUAUUAUUCCCUCUACAGGCAUAUUGUCUUUUUUAAGGGGUUCUUUGACGUCUUCUCUCCGGUCGACUGUUAUCCCUAGUACCUUUGCACGAUUGCUUUCAGAUGUGUACAAAAUACCUAUAUCCGUCACAUUAUAUCUUUAUCACCACUCCUCUUCAGUCUUUUUUUUCAUAUUUUUUUUUUUUUUUAAUUGCCAAAACAUUUCUU